UAUAUUACAAGCGCUGGUCUUCUCCCAAUCCUGGACGCCAUUGUUGAACUCAUCGAAUACCCAAUUCUCUCAUUCUUACAUACAAACACCACAGAUUCGAUCUCUGGGAGAGAAAUCACAGGGGGAUUGUGCGUUUGUGUCAGAUGGAUUUCGAGCUUAGGGCUGCUCGCGAAAAGUUGGAGAGAGAGCAAAGGGAGAGGAAAGAGAGGGCCAAGGCGAGGGCGGAGAGAGAGAAAAAGGCGAAGGAGGCUGCCACUCGCCGGCGGGAGGCUCUUGAAGCCGCCCAGCUUGCCAGAAGGAUCGAAGUUGAGAAUGCUCGUCUCAAGGAAGAGCAGCAAUUGGCGGAAGCCCUAGUUAUUGGUGAUGGAAUUGUGUUUUCACGAACACUCGAAGCUCUUCAGUAUAUUGGCCAUGGAGAUAAGAUUAAGCUACCACCAUCAUGUUUUACCGAGUUAUCGGAUAAAGGAGCUUUGGAUAAAGGCCCCAUGUAUUUCAAACUUUCACGAAUCGAUAAUCAGCCCUCUCCAGAUCCUAAUCUUUCUGGGGAACCUCAGCCUGGAACAGCACAUUCAGGCGUUUUGGAAUUCACUGCGAUGGAAGGAUCAGUAGAGCUUCCACUCCAUAUUUGGAACAAUUUAUUCUCCGACGAAGUUCCAGAGGUGCCUCUAAUUGAAGUUCGCUAUGUAAGCAUCCCCAAAGGUUCUUAUGCUAAACUGAAACCCGAAAGUUUGGGCUUUUUUGAUAUUCCAAACCAUAAGGCUGUGCUUGAAACCCGUCUUCGGAAGCACACAACACUUUCUCAAGGAGAAGCUAUUACUGUCAAUCAAGGGGAAUUAAGCUAUAAGCUAAGAGUUCUCGAGCUAAGACCUGCAUCGAGUGUUUCCGUUCUAGAAACUGACAUUGAAGUUGAUAUCGAGGGAAUUGAUUUGAAUCUCGAAGAGUUUGAGAAUGAGUGUGUGCUCCUACCAAUCACACUUGGAAAGGUUGAAUCAGGACGAGUUAAGGAAGGAAAGUUUGCUUAUUACAAAUUCUCCUUGGACGAAAAUUUUCAUGAAAAGGUUGCUUCUGGAUCUACAAAUAUUGAGGUAAAGCUUGAAGUUGAUACAUCCGAUGGUGAUAUUGAUAUAUAUGUUUCUCGCCAUCCUUUGGUGUUCCCCACCCAACACCGCCAUGAAUGGUCGUCUCAUGAGAUGGGUUCAAAGACUUUGAUACUAAGCCCGAAGAAUGAGAACAUGGUGGUGGGUACUUAUAGCAUUGGUGUCUUUGGCUUCAAGGGAUGGGCGAGAUAUAAGAUAUCCGUGUCUCUCAAAGACAAUAACGCAGUGAGAGUGGGUCAAAGUGUGAGAUCUUCGUCUCAAGUAAAUGAUGACUCGGUGAAAUGUCGAAAUUGCAGGCACCACAUUUCGAGUCACACCAUUUUACUUCAUGAGGCGUAUUGCAUCAGGAACAAUAUUGUUUGCGAGCAUGAUGGGUGUGGAGUUGUUCUAAGGAAAGAAGAAGCUGGUGACCAUGUGCAUUGUGUGAAAUGUAGCAAAGCUUUCCAAAUUGGGGAGAUGGAGAAGCAUAUGAAGGUGUUUCAUGCACCAACCAAAUGUGCAUGUGGAGUGAUUCUAGAGAAGAAAGAAAUGGUGUUGCACCAGUCCACAACCUGUCCUCUGCGCCUCAUCGCCUGCAGGUUCUGCGGCGACAUGGUCGAAGCCGGGAGCACGCCCGCCGACGCCCGCGAUCGGAUGCGAGGGCUCUCGGAACAUGAAAGCAUCUGCGGCUCGAGAACCGCUCCUUGCGACUCGUGCGGCCGUGCCGUCAUGCUCAAGGAUAUGGACAUCCAUCUGAUUGCUGUGCACCAGAAAAGCUGAUGAAGGUAUGUAUCCAGGUUUCCUCCAUUCUUUUCUUGCAUGAAAACUUAUACGAAAAUUUACAUACACACCACUCAAUUCCUAUGCAUUUACAUAUCUAACAACCAAACUGCAAUUUUUACAUGAAAAUGGUGCAUUUCGCUUUGAAGCUAAAGAAGUGUUAUUUGUUAUGUGCUAUGAAAGAUAUAGGUGGUAUAAAUGUAAAAAAAAAAGUAAAGUUUAGGUGUUAAAUUUGUAAAUAGAUGGGAAUUCAGUGGUUUGGAUGUAAAUGCCUCAAAACUUAUAUGAUGUAUGAGUUAUUUGUAUCUGUUUGUGUUUGGGUUUAUUUGCAAUUUAUUGGGUUCUGAAGGGUUUGAUGUUCUAAACUUCUAGGUUCAUAGAUUUGUAUUAUACUUAAUGAAGAUUUUUAUUGUUAAUGUAA